GUUGAGUGCACAUUCGUUGAGUGUUGUGCUGUACGUGACCUACAGAGGGCGCAUUAUCUGAGUUGUGGGUCUGUGUCUGUUGGCGGCACACAUCAGCUCUCGGCUCUCUCCUCCGCCGCUGCUCCUCCUCACACUCACACUCAUGCGGCCGCGGCUGGAGCUGAUGGACUAACCGGAGGUGGUGCUGCCGGACUGCGUUCGCUCAGACAGGAGCUGGUGAGCCGCUGGACCAUGGCUGCCAAAGAGGACGUCUACAGUAAAAUUCUGCCGCGCAGGAUCAGGCAGAACCGAUCGGGUUCCGUCAAAUGUGGCUCCAACCUUGAUGUGCUGUUGUCCAUGGGCUUCCCCAGACCCAGGGCAAUAAAAGCGCUGGUAUCAACAGGAGGCCGGAGUGUACAGGCAGCAUGUGACUGGCUGUUUUCCCAUGUGGAUGACCCGUUCCUGGACGACCCCCUGCCCAGGGAGUUUGUCCUCUACCUGCGACCCAGUGGACCACUACAGAACCAGCUGUCACAUUUCUGGCAGCAGAGCAGAGUCACCUGUGGCAAAAACAAAGCUCACAACAUUUUCCCUCACAUCACUCUCUGCCAGUUUUUCAUGUGUGCUGACCACAAAGUAGAGGCUCUGUGUGAGGCCCUGCAGGCCACCGUACAGCAGUGGAGAGGUCGCUUUCCAACCCCCCUACCCCUGGAGCUUUACACAUCCUCCAACUUCAUUGGACUUUUUGUGGAAGAGCAGAUAGCUGACAUCCUCAAGCAGUUUGCAGCCGAGUUCGCUACAGAGGCUGCAAGGACAGCAGAGGUUCACGUGGAGCCUCAUAAAAAGCAGCUCCAUGUCACCCUGGCCUACAACUUCCCCAGUGAUCACCUCUCAUCUCUGGAGAAACUGGCCAAGGGCAUCGAAGUCAAGCUGGGCUGCGAUUGGCUGGCUGUUCUGUUCUCCAGGGACAUUCGUUUUGCCAACCACGAGACCCUGAGGGUAAUGUACCCCUACAUGCCUCAGAAUGAGGAUGAGUUGGAGCUGGUUCCCGGAGAUUUUGUCUUCAUGUCCCCAGUGGACCAGACUGGGACCAGUGAGGGCUGGGUGUACGGGACUUCACUGACCACAGGGCUGUCCGGACUGCUGCCUGAGAAUUAUGUCAACCUGGCUGAUGAGUCUGACACUUGGGUUUUCCAUGGCUCCCAUUCCUUCUUCAGCUGUGGGCCCAGUGAUAAGGCCUGUAAGGACAGAGGGAUGUUUGAUGGACUGCUGGACAGCCGACGCCCAGACAGCAGCAGCCCUGGAGACACGCCCUCCCUCAGUCUUAUUUGUCAUCCAAUGCAGCAGGUUCUGAGGAUCAGCGGUGGUGGUGGUCAUCCACGACAGUCCAAACGCUCACUAUUCGUCUGCAGGCACGGAGAGAGGAUGGACGUGGUCUUUGGUAAACACUGGCUCUCCCUGUGCUCAGACAGUAAAGGUAGAUACGUGCGCUCCAACCUCAACAUGCCUCCCAGUUUGCCCCUGUGGGGCGGGCAGAGGGACUAUGACAUGGACACUCCUCUCACUGUGUUUGGAUCCACACAGGCUCGAGUUAUAGGUGAAGCCCUUUUAGAGAGUAACACGGUGAUAGACUUUUUGUACUGUUCUCCGUCUCUGAGAUGUGUGCAGACGGCACAGAACAUCCUGAAAGGUCUACAACAAGACGGUAAACUGAAAGUAAGAGUGGAACCAGGACUUUUUGAAUGGACCAAGUGGGUUUCUGGAAACUCACUGCCUGCGUGGAUUCCACCGGCCGACCUGGCUGCAGCCAACUUCAGUGUGGACACACUGUACAGACCACUGAUUCCUGUCAGCAAGCUCACUGUGUCUGAGUCCUAUGAGAACUACAUGAGUCGGAGCUACCAAGUGACCAAAGACCUUCUGUCCGACUGCAAAAACACUGGAAACAACGUACUGAUUGUAGCCCACGCUUCUUCCUUAGAGGCCUGCACACGCCAGCUGCAGGGCCGCGGCCCACGGAGCCCUAAGGACUUCAUCCAAGUCGUCAGAAAGAUUCCUUACCUGGGUUUCUGCUCCUGUGAGGAGCAGGGCGAUACUGGAGUGUGGCAGUUGGCCGACCCUCCCAUCCUUCCCCUCACACAUGGACCAAACCAUACAUUUGACUGGAGGGAGACACUCCAACAAGAAUGACCAGACUGUCUGCCAGACCCCAGACCCUUAGUGUAUCCUCCAACCUAACCACACUGCAAAACAAGACAGAGGUAUACUGGAACUUUUCUCUUUACACAAACAAUGGUGAAGAAGGAGGUUCCUGCCUCAGUUGGUGAAAAAAAGGUUGCCUCACGUUUUCCCCUACGCUAAAGUUUGUCAGGACACAGGAAGUAGUAGGUCUGGUUGUAAUUGACAGCUCUGACAAGUAGCGUCAGUCCACUCUCUACUUUUCUGAAAUUAGCAUUAGCUCACUCGCUGCUUGUGUUUCGCUAGUAAAUACUGCAGUAUCCUCUUACUGCCAACACACCGGCUCUGUGACAUGUUACGAGUAUCACUGAAUGCUGGUUGUGUGUUGCUACAUCACCACACGCAAAAAGAAAGUGGGUCUUAGGAUUUGCUUCGCCUGACCCGGCUGUUCUUAAAUGGACAACUGCGUUAAAAGAAAAAAACACAGGUAGAAGGCAGAGUUGCUGCAGAUAGAUACAACGACCUUUAAAAGUCCAUUGAAAACAAACGGAGGAUUUACUCUGGAUAAAGUCUAUGAUUUAUGUUUUAGGACCUUGUGCCAUGUCAGCCACAGCCUAAAGGGGGCGCUAAAGCAGUUUGGAUCUUUAGUUGUAUUUUAGCAGGAGGAUCGGCAACAAAAAUGUGGCACAAUUUCUGUACUUAAUUUUACAAACUUCAUGUAGACUUAAAAAGUAUAAGAAAUCCUUCUUUCCUGAACAACAACAUGAUACCCAACGAAGAAAACACAAUUUUUUUGUUGUCCUGCAGCAGUAGCUGAGGGGAGAUUCGUCACAUCUGUCUUACUGCGGCCCCUCAUGUUGUGUCCUCUGUGGUGCCACAUGUAGCACAUCCAGUACAACUGUGACUUCCAGCUGUCAUGCAGUGUAUGUACACAACCAAUAACAAAACUAUAAACAGCACAACCUGCAUUAUUGACAAUCAUACAGUAGCUUUUUUAAUACUGGUCCAGCAGCGUUCUGUUGCAGUCUGUGUUUAUUAAAUGUCGUUCUGGGCCGCAGAGUAGCUGUACAUAAUCAUAUUUUGGAAAAGAAAAGAAAGGUCUUCCGAUUUUAUUUCUAUUUAUUUAUAAACAUUUCUUCCACGUUACGAGCAAAUAUGUAAAGAAAAAAAAGAGUGUUGCUUUUAACAGCAUGCAGGAAUUUUUCUCAGGUGUGGACUGCAUUCAAGACGUACAGUGUGUACAUGCAGCUUCUAAAAGUCUUCUAUGGAUGGAGUGACUGUGUUGUUGUGAGAAUUAAAGUAAUGUCUCCUGA